CAGAAGUUGACGGAACCGCCAUCUUGAAAACUGCCUUCCGAUGAUCUACCUUUUCGCGCCUGUCAGAAUCAGUUUUAAACGCGUUAUUUUCCUCCUGAAUCUCCCGUUGUCUCGGUGUUCGUCUUGUUAAGGCCCGGGGCUAAUGGCAAAAUAAGCUACAUGCUGGAGACUCGCCGUUUACCGUUGUCUAUCGCCUGGAAUGGGCCACAACUCCCAAAGACUAGAACACACCUCUUUUUAACCUGAGCUCCGCUGUUUGGACUCUAACAUACUCACAGAGCCAACAUGUUUUGGAAAUUUGACCUCCACACCACAUCCCACAUUGACACGCUGUUGGAGAAGGAGGAUGUGACUCUGACAGAGGUGAUGGAUGAGGAUGACGUCCUGCAGGAGUGCAAGGCCCAGAACCACAAACUGGUUGACUUCCUGCUGAGACCAGAGUGCAUGGAGGACCUGGUCACCUACAUCACACAGGAACCCAGUACUGAUGUUGAGGAGAAGGUUAAAUACAAGUAUCCCAACAUAUCAUGUGAGCUGCUUACAUCCGAUGUGGGACAGAUCAACGACAGACUGGGAGAAGAUGAAAACCUGCUGGUAAAACUGUAUGGCUUCCUCCAGAAUGAGCCGCCUCUUAACCCGCUCCUGGCCAGCUUCUUCUCCAAGGUCCUGUCCAUUCUUAUCGGACGCAAGCCCGAACAGAUAGUGGAGUUUCUGCGAAAGCGGGAAGACUUUGUAGACUUGAUGAUCAAACACAUCGGGACAUCCGCCAUCAUGGACCUGCUGCUCAGAAUGCUCACCUGCAUCGAACCACAACAGCUACGACAGGACGUUCUCAACUGGCUGAAUGAGGAGAAAGUGAUUCAGAGACUGGUGGACAUGGUACAACCUUCUCAAGAUGAGGAUAGACACUCCAAUGCUUCCCAGUCACUGUGUGAGAUCAUCAGACUGAGCAGAGACCAGAUGUUCCAGGUCCAGGGCUCCUCAGAUCCAGACCCACUUCUGUCCACACUUGAAAAACAGGAGACGGUGGAGCAGCUGCUGUCUAAUAUCUUCGACAAGGAAAAGAAUGAAUCUGCAAUCGUCAGUGUUAUCCAGAUCCUCCUCACAUUGUUUGAGACCAGGAGACCAGCGUUUGAGGGUCAUAUGGUGCCCCCUGGGAUGUCCCACCCUUCAUUCUCAGUCAACCACAGCAUCCUGGAGGCUGUGAGACCCAGACUCAAAGACUUUCACCAGUUGCUACUGGAACCCCCAAAGGCCAAUGUGAUGAAGACAACUUGGGGGGUGCUGGACCCUCCUGUGGGCAACACCAGGCUCAAUGUAGUCCGGCUGGUGGCCAGUCUGUUGCAGAGCAACACACACAGCAUCAACACAGAACUCAUUAACCUCAACACACUGGGAGUCAUACUAGAUAUGUAUUUCAAAUACAUCUGGAACAACUUCCUCCACAUUCAAGUGGAGAUCUGCACAGCUAUGAUUCUGGCUAUGCCCCCAGCCCCCACUGACAUCCAGCCAGACACAGAGCAGGAAAAUGCAAGGGAGAGCAUCCUCAUCAAACAUCUGUUUCAAAAGUGCCAGUUUAUACAGAGAAUCGUAGAGGCCUGGAGCUCCAAUGAGAAGGAACAGGCAGAAGGGGGUCGCCGGCGAGGCUAUAUGGGCCACCUCACCAGAAUAGCCAACUCUAUAGUUCAUAACUGUGACAAAGGCCCCAAUGGACCACAGAUACAACAGCUCAUCUCUGAGCUCCCAGCAGAGGACAGAGAUAAAUGGGAGGCCUUUAUUUCUGUGCAGCUGUCUGACACAAACAAGAGAAACACUGUUGACCUGGUGAAUACGCACCACAUCCAUUCUUCCAGUGAUGAUGAGGUGGACUUUAAAGACAGUGGCUUUCACCAGGACUCCUCUCUACAACAAGCCUUUUCUGAUUAUCAGAUGCAACAAAUGACGUCCAAUUUUAUUGAGCAGUUCGGCUUCAAUGACGAAGAGUUUGCUGAUCAGGACGAUGUUGUGGAUAUUCCCUUUGAUAGAAUAUCAGACAUCAAUUUUUCACUGAAUACAAAUGAAAGUGCAAAUAUAGCUUUGUUUGAGGCGCGCUGUAAGGAGAAAAUCCAGCAGUUUGAAGACGCUGGUUCAGAUGAGGAGGAUAUCUGGGAUGAAAAAGAUGUCACCUUCGCACCAGAGGCACAGAGACGCCCCAGGAGUUCAGGCAGCACGGACAGUGAGGAAAGCACAGACUCAGAGGAGGAGGACGUGAAGAGAGAUUCCUUUGAAGCUUCCAACCCCACUACCGAUGACCGAAUGGAAGUCGACACAGGGCCUGUGUGGACAGCCAACUUUGACGACAUCCCCAUGGACACCGGUACGUCCACAGCUCCGGCCUCAAGCCCCACCAGCCCUGCUGCCCCCGCUGCUUUGCCCUCCUCCCCCUCUUCUACAGAAGACCUGCCCGAGGUAGCAUGGAGCGCCACCACUCCUCCUGCCCCCUCCAACUCUGAAACAGGCUGGGCUGAUUUCUCCAACUUCACCCCUGUCAGCCCCAAAGACCCUCUGAGGUGCAACUCUCCUGUUGCUAUGGAAACCAGCAUAGAGACGAUGGACCCUCUGGGGGUCAACGCACCAAUGCAGCCUGAAGAUUGUGAUGGUUGGCUGGGUACUAGUGUGGCUUCUCCCUCUUCCACCUCAGCUAAGGAUUGUGGGAGACCUAAAGCGGAGGAGGAAACAGCUUCCUGUGAGCAGCGCAGCAUCACAGAGACGGUCAUCAACGGCUCCAUGAAGGAGACGGUCAGCCUCACCGUUGACGCCAAGACCGAGACCGCCGUCUUCAAGAGCGAUGAAGAGAAGAGUGCCUCUUCAGAGAAAUACUCGGUAGUGGAGUGUGUGGAUUCGGAGAGAACAGGCGUCAACAGCUCAGCCGCAGCCUGCUGUCCCAAAACGGGUGAGAAGUGUCGGCCCACCCUGGAGCUUCCCAACGGUCCUCUGGAGGAAAUGUCACCUGUCGAGGAGGCCAAACUGGACCAGAGUACCGUGUCCUCAGAGCCAGCUGUAAACGGGCCGGCGUGAGGGUCUCCCAAUGCCAGCCGAUGUCCAGCCUGUUCUGCCACGCAGGGCUCUCAUGCUGGCCAGCCAGCGGAGGCCACUCAAUCACACGCCCCCCCCCACCAGGACCAGCAAUACUCCUAUUGGCUCAUCACUGACUGACAGACGGACAAGACAGGUGUACAGACACAGAACGAACUGAAAAGCAAAAUGAGAGACAUACUCAAAUGGAUACAGAAUACCUUUUUUUCUGCAUUUGUUUAUAUACUAUUGUUCUUAUGAGGUGAUGUGCGACUGAUAUCUUGCCACUCAAAAAUUAAAUAGUAAUGUUGCUAUAGUUAAAAAAAAA